CUAUGCGCUCCUUCGUCGCUCGUUCGAAUGCCUUCUACUUUGCAAGCGGAACUAAGGUUCACGCACAUCAUCGCCUCGAACUGCCGACAGUGUGCCCGCAGACAGUCGAGUCGAACUCGCUCCUUUCAUACCACACCUCGCUUUCGUACUCCGCAGGAAGCUUCGAACAACCCAAGUCCUACAGGCGGUCGCGGAACCGACAACGACAAGAGCAAUGAAGAUGCACGUGCGGCGGCAAUCAAGGGACGGGCUCUCUUGGAGGAGAAAAAGAAGUCCGUAGCACCUUCGAUCCCGAGCGAACCGUCCAAUUCGGAAAAUGCUGUUCCUCCUUCUACACCGAACUAUUAUGGGUCAGCUUCCAGGCGACGAAUGCGCAAUCGAACGUCAGCCACAGGCGAUACUUUCUCGACCCCGCAGUGGUUCGAACAUAGUAAUAUCCAUCUGUACGGAGAAGAACACUUAGCACAAGGCGCUCGCUCAAGGGUACAGAAAGUGGCUGCGGACCUGGUGACCGGCGAACCCUUGGACAGACACCUCUCUCCAAGCUCGGACGGAGCACCCCCUCGUCACCCUGGGGGAAGCGACAAUCCUGUUGAACACCACGUUUCUCCGGACCACGACAAAACAAUACAAACCGAGCCUUCAAAGGAUCCCGACCAUUCUUCGACCUUUCCCAGACCAGAUGGACCCUUUCAAAAGAGAUAUUUCGUGUUAGACGAGCAGUAUGAAGAAGUCAUGCGAACUGCCAGAGGCCUCUUGCAACUGCCCGGGGCUCAUUCUCGUAUCCAAGAAAGUGAAGGGUUAAGAGAACAUCUCCUGCUGCGGUACGCGGGCAAAGAUGGUGACAUUUUGCUAGAGCAUGUUGUUGAAGAUCUCGCACGGGACCUGGGCUGCGAUCUUAUGGUCCUGGAUGCUCAGGACAUUGCGAGCUUGAUGGCACAAGCCUCUGUGGAUCCUGGUGUUAUCAGCUCCAGCCGCAUGUUCAGUUACGAUGUUUACAACGAUGCAUUCUCCGACCCAUCUGCUGCAAAACGGCUCCGAGAAUCCAAAGAAGAAGACGAUGAUUAUGAGGAAGAGGAAAUGGAGGUUGACGACUUGUCAGGCCCACCUAAUUCGUCACCAUUGGGAAUGCCGGUGUUGAUCGGCAAGCCUUUCCUUCCAGACCUCAAAUCACUUUUCGGGAGUUCGGAGCGCAGAUCAGGUGAAGGCAUGUUUGGACGGCGAUUGACGAAGAUAUUUUCAGACGGACCAGGCUCGCCCGGGGGCAGCUGGUCGAAGCAAGGUCUGAAGACUGGCAGACUCCGUGAAACGCCACAAAUCUUCCCAUCCCUUCUGGCCAGUCUCUCGGAGCGGCAAAAGCUCCUGGCAGGUCAGGAUUGUCCACAGAAUGGUGAUGGGAGUGAGCGAAAGACACCUCUACAAGAGGCUCGUGAAGCUGUGGCAAAACAAAACGGACUUCCUAAGAACGCUAUAAUAAUUCACGUCAAGGAUCUUGAAUCUAUUCAGGAGACUUCAUUAGGGCUUGGAUUCCUACACGAACUGUACAAGGAUAUUUCUCGACAGAGAAAACUAGGCUCACCUCUGCUUCUCGUCGGGACUGACACCCUAAGGGAAGAUUCGGAUCCAUUGACGAAAGAGGGUAUCAAGACGUUUCAACUUGGCGAUCGAGAUGAAAUAUCUCAUAAUAUCGUUAUCACUCCAGUAUUACCGAACACGACAUCCAAGCUCGCACUUCUUCACGACCGGAAACAACGAAUCGCAACGAUCAACAUGAGACAUUUGUGGGAUUUGAUGCGAAGGCAAAAACCGGCCGUCUUCGCUCACCUGGAACCCGGAUUCUGGCGACGUGACUUUUUCAACCAUCUUGCUCGUAGCGACAGAUCGUAUUUGGAAGCUCAGAUCUGGAGUUACUCGUAUGUGCAAAGGCUGGCGACGUAUAUUGCCGGCGCUGCUCCUCCAAUUCAAGACAUCCCUGGUAUCACCGACAAGGCAGAAUUGCAGGAAUCCCUUGCUGCGGUUCAAGGUCUCUCUGAGCCUGUCAUCAGUGCCGCAAUAGCCCACUUGAACCACAGUGACAAGACCAAGAUGAGAUGGGCGGAGAAGAACAGCGCUGAACUCAAGCUGGAAUUUGCCGGCCGAACAGGUUCCUUUUCCUCUGCUCCUCCCAGAGAAGACUCACGACUCGCCUCGAUCCGAGCGACAGCUUCAAAAUAUGAGAAACGACUUAUGGGCGGUAUCAUCGAAGCCAAAAACAUCGCCACGACGUUCAACGACGUUCACAUGCCUAUAGAGACGAUUGAUACUCUCCAAACUUUGACCACCUUAUCCUUGGUCAGACCCGAUGCGUUCAAAUAUGGUGUCCUAGCCUCGGACAAGAUUCCGGGUCUGCUACUCUACGGACCACCUGGUACAGGUAAGACUUUGGCGGCCAAGGCAGUGGCCAAGGAAUCGGGUGCGACGAUGCUAGAGGUUAGUGCGGCAGAUAUAAACGAUAUGUACGUGGGAGAAGGUGAAAAGAAUGUCAAGGCUCUUUUCAGCUUGGCCAAGAAGCUUUCACCGUGUGUGGUAUUCCUGGACGAAGCCGAUGCCAUGUUCAGCGCACGGAGUAAUCAGGGCCGGCGCGUCAGCCACCGUGAACUUCUCAACCAAUUUCUGAAAGAGUGGGACGGCAUGAGCAAUGACUCUGGUAGUGCUUUCAUCAUGGUUGCGACCAAUCGACCCAUGGACCUGGACGAUGCCGUACUGCGUCGUCUCCCUCGUCGCUUGCUGGUCGAUCUACCCACCGAACCGGACCGACUGCAGAUUCUCAAGAUCCAUCUUCGACACGAACAGCUGGCAGACGACGUCGACGUGGCCGACCUCGCCAAACGGACGCCUUUCUACUCGGGCUCGGAUUUGAAGAACGUGGCCGUUGCCGCCGCCUUGAACUGCGUCCGUGAAGAGAACGAAAUUGCAAAAUUACAUCAGGGAGAGGAACCAUAUCAACAUGCCGAACGACGGACCUUGGCCAAGAAACAUUUCGACAAGGCCCUUGAAGAUAUCUCUGCCAGUAUCUCGGAGGACAUGAGCUCGCUGAGAGACAUCAAGAAAUUCGACGAGCAGUUUGGCGACAAGCGUGGGAAGAAAAAGAAGAUACCUAAGCUCGGGUUUCCCACCAGGGAUGACGAAGGCAGUCGUGAUACGAGAAAGGUCAGAGAAUAAAGUUGUCGUGGAAAGCUCGUCACAAGUCAUGAGAGUGUUUUCUUUUUUACUUUUCUUUUUUUUUUGUGAGACAAAAAGAAGGAAAAAUGUCCCUUGCAACUGCAGUACAUAUGUAGGUAUUUGGCAGUGGUUGAGGAGAGCACUUAUGAAGAAAAGAUGCCUAUACAAAGUAGACUAUGACACUGUAAAAUAGCGAUAAAUUUUUUGUGGCUCCG